UUGAAAUCGCCGCCGAGCUCGCUGAUAGGCCCGUUCGCAGCACGUGGUUUUUCGCCGCCAUGAAGGCUCCAGCCUCCGGGUCAGCGGGCGUUGCGGGCACUUAGGUGUGGCCAUUGUAGCUGCUGUCCUGUGCAACGUCCACUGUUUUAACGUUCCUGCAAGCGACUGUCAGUACUGGGCCAACAUGCCCGGUUGCUGCGCAGUAGAUUGCCGCAACCGGGGUGAAGAAGGGAAAAAGCUUUUUGCAAUCCCUCGCGGCAAGGAGAAUGAGUCUAGACGAAAGGUGUGGGUGCACAGGAUCGGGCGCAAGGAUUUUAUACCAACAGCGAGCACGAGACUGUGUGAGGACCAUUUCACCACAGACCAGUUCGAGCCAGCAAUUCUGGAAAAUACUGGACAGAAGCAACUCAAGCCAUUUGCUAUUCCGAGCAUAUUCUCCCACCGGCCGCCGGUACAGACGAGGAAGCCACCGCUCAAAAGAGUGCAAAUUGAGACUCCAGUCACAGCUACUCCCACAGCUUCAAAAGAAACUGUAGAUGCCUCACCAGCACAGCACAUGGAUAAUGCCUCUACCGAUGUUCCUGUCAGUCACCAGCCAGGACCUGCUAUGCCCACAGCAGUGCCAAGCUUAGAAGACUGCACACCUGGACAAGACCAUCCAACGACUGAUGCAUCCACUCAUGUAGCCCUGGUCAAGAGGAUUCAGCAACUUGAAGCUGAGCUCGAUACUGUACGACGGAAGCUCAAGUUGUCUCAAAAGCAGAGGUGUCAUGCCAUUGCUGUCAACAGACGAAUGGCCGUGGGACUGAAGAAGUACCUAAAUGAGGACCAAGUGAAGUGUCUUCAGAGGUCAACAAUGAAAGGCACAGCCUGGGGCAGAAAGACUGUAGUCAAGGCAUUAAAAAUACGACUAUCGUGUGGAGCACGAGGUUACAAUGCUGUGAAGGAACUUGGUCAACUGUUGCCUUCCGAACGGACUCUGCAAAGGCAUCUGGAGGGCUACAAAUUCCAUCCAGGGUUGUUACAAGACAUCAUGAAGUCUCUCGCACUAAAGGUACAAAGGCACAAAUAAAAUGUAUGACACCUGACACCAUGCAUGACAAAUAGGCAAAACUGAUGUCACCUGAAGAACGUCACGCCACUUUAAUGCUCGAUGAGGUGCAACUGGCUCCAGGUCUCGUCUAU